AUGAAGAUAGAGGACAUUGUGAGGGAAAAGGGAUUCGAAGUUUCACCGCUUCGCUUAAAACUUUGCUUCUGGAAAGGCAUCUUCUGUACACCCAUGAACUUCACCCAUUCAUUCAACUACUUCGGGAACUGCUACACUUUCAACGCCGACGAGAACAACCCACUGAAACAGACUAUGGAAGGAUCCGGCAACGGCUUCAUGGCCUUUCUCGACAUCAUAGUGGAUGACUACACGGAAAACUAUUUCACUGGCGGUGUUUCUGAGAUCGGACUGAAGCUCCUAGUGCACGACCCGAGAGAGCCCGCUAUCAUGGACACCCAGGGCAUCGCCCUCGCACCGGGCAACCACGCCUUCAUCGCCAUCAAACGGACAUUGUACGAGAACCAUGUUCCUCCGUGGGGGGUCUGCGAGGACCGACAGCUGGAGUAUUACGACACCUACACCUUACCUGCCUGCUAUCUGGAGUGCAGGAGUAAACACAUCGUUGCGAACUGUGCAUGCCGACCGUUCUACCUGCCUGGAACAGCGCCAUCGUGCGACCCGAUCACAAUGUUCACCUGUGUCAGAGAAGUACUUGCAUAG